GUCUUUGGGCAGAUAUUUCCCCCCAUCAAAAACGCUCAGAGGAACAAGCGCUGUCGCUGUUACAGGGUGCAUGCAAUUCCUCGGCAAGCCAGAAGGUGGCAGAAAUACGCCUCGGUGAGGACUCCGGUCCCCCAGUAGCAGGCAGCGCAGUAGUGCCGUACCAUAGCCCCGCUACAGACAGCAAGCGCCGGGCACCACAUGCAGCACCCACAGCCCCCCAGCCCAGCCUGCCCCCCAGCCUCUUUACUCUGCUCAGCGGACUCCGGUACCAUGAAGGAGGCGCGGAUGUGAGCAGCCAGACGAGCGGCAGGUCUGGCGAUCAGAUUCCAGGGAUCGCCCGUAUAGAAGAGCCAGUCUGUCUCCUCUCUGCAGGGUGUGGGCACAGCCGCCGCUUCUCCUCCCCAGCUUUCCACGGGAUAGGGAAUGAUAUCUCUGCCCAAAUGUUUCACUGGAACAAGUGGAGGAAAAGGAUGGGAGCCAACACUUCGUCCAAGAGACCGGUUUUCGAUGAAAAGGAGGAUGUGAACUUGGAUCAUUUUCAAAUUCUGCGAGCAAUUGGCAAAGGCAGCUUUGGAAAGGUGUGCAUUGUACAGAAGAAGGACACAGGGACAAUGUAUGCUAUGAAGUAUAUGAACAAACAGCAGUGCAUUGAGCGGGAUGAAGUCCGAAACGUCUUUAGAGAGUUGGAGAUCUUACAGGAAAUAGAACAUGUCUUCCUAGUAAAUCUUUGGUAUUCAUUCCAGGAUGAAGAAGAUAUGUUUAUGGUGGUCGACCUGCUCCUGGGGGGAGACCUGCGAUAUCAUCUACAGCAAAACGUCCAGUUUACAGAAGAGACUGUUAAGAUGUAUAUCUGUGAAAUGGCUCUAGCUUUAGAUUAUCUAAGGAGUCAGCAUAUAAUCCAUAGAGAUGUGAAACCAGACAACAUUCUUCUUGAUGAGCAAGGCCAUACUCAUCUGACAGAUUUUAACGUGGCGACGAUAAUCAAAGACGGCGAAAGAGCCACAGCCUUAGCUGGGACCAAACCCUAUAUGGCCCCUGAAAUAUUUCAGUCGUUUGUCAACGGAGGAACGGGAUACGCCUUUGAAGUUGACUGGUGGUCGUUAGGAAUAAUGGCAUUUGAGCUGCUCCGAGGAUGGAGACCCUACGAUAUCCAUUCAAGUAGCCCCGUAGAGACAUUAGUCCAGUUAUUUAGCACUGUCACUGUCCAGUAUUCCUCGGUCUGGUCAAAAGAUAUGACUGGUUUAUUACGGAAGUUACUGACUGUCAACCCUGAAAAUCGUUGUUCUUCUCUCCUGGACAUUCAGAACUCGAGCUUCCUAGCGGACACUGUUUGGGAGGACAUACUUGACAAAAAGGUGGAGCCAGGUUUUGUUCCCAAUAAGGGCCGGUUACAUUGUGAUCCCACAUUUGAGCUGGAGGAAAUGAUACUGGAGUCGAGGCCACUGCAUAAAAAGAAGAAAAGACUUGCCAAGAACAAGUCCAGGGAUAACAGUAAAGACAGCUCGCAGUCAGAUGACUACCUGCAAGAAUGCCUGGAUGCAUUACAACAGGAAUUUGUUAUCUUUAAUCGUGAGAAACUGAAGAAGAUCCCCAGUGUGAGGUCUCGGUCAGUAUCAGGCCUGGAAUCCACUGAUGAGACAGAAGCAGAGGCUGAAACUGAAACAGAAGGUGACGGUGAAGCAGAGAAUGCCACUCUCAACAUGUGUGGGUCAGUUUGCUCAUCCACUGCCAGCAGCAACUGAGCCCAUUCCUGGGAAAGACUCAGGCUUAGGAACUCAUGAAUGUGAUGCUCUCGAGUUGCAUACAUACGCAUGGUGCCAGGUUAUAUUGAUAAAAAACAAACUUCUUUUUUUCUGGAUUCUCAACUUCAAUUUAUAAGACAAUUUGGAACCACAUUGAUGAACAGCAACUAACUGCAGCUCUGUUUCUCUGCACAGUUUGACUCACUAAGCAAAUGCUGUUUUCUACUUACACAGACAUUCUCACACUGUUUAACCUGCCUGUUUUACUUUAUUUUACAUGGCUGGUUAUUUGCUUGACCGAUGGGCUUAGAAUCAGUACAGUGGGACAGUAUCAUUAUAAUCAAAGGAGAAAUCUGAGACUUGGUCAACCAAGCACAAGGAUUGACCAAGCUGUUAUUGUCUAGAGACUCUAGACCAAGAGUAUUUAUAAUGGCAUUUUUGAUAGGGAACUAUUGUACAACUGUUGGGGCGAUGCUGGGUGUUGCACAGUAGUAAAGGUCUAGGUAAUGCAGACAAAAGGGGUUCUUGGUUUAGAAAAUAUAUGUUUACAUCAGAUGGGGAUGUUGCAGAUACUGGUGGAUAAAAAAUAUCAUUUUAAGAAAUGUCUUGAUGCCUUCUUAGAAAAACACAAAAUGCAAUUAAAUGGAAUGAAAUGGUUACCAAUA